GAAUACAAUAAGGUGUACUAAGUUUAUUCGAUUCAAAUGGCACAAAAGCAUACAAUGUAAAAUUUCUGUUUCACAUUUAUCAAAAUAUAGUUAUAGAGAGGGUUUUCAAUUUUUUUUUCCCGAUUUUUCAUAAGUACAGAAUUUCUAUGUGGAUUUUUCGUACGAUUUGCUGAAUAUCUCUCCACGUCACACUUUGAGGUUUGACAGUUGUUGAGUUGACUCUACGGGUUGCGUAGUUAACUUAAUUAACUACUAUAAUAGUUUGUUGUGAAGUUAAAUAAUGACAGAUACGUUUGGCUCAAAAUUGGAAGGAAAUAUAGAUAUUCCUCAAGCAGAAAAUUUCAAAGGGUAAUAUUUUAUUGGCUACUGUAUGUUGAAACACCCUUAAAAAUCACGGAUCAUACAUUUUCCCCCGCGCCCCGACUGGCUCUUUCCACUGUUCCAGGAGAAUAUUGUUUUGUGUUCCUUAUUGGUUACUAAUAUUCCUCUUCAACGGUUUACAGGAUGUCAAUAUCACUGUCUAAUGUAAAUGCCAGAGAAUGGUUUUCCAAAACCAGAGAAGGUGUGAAGCCAUGGGCAGAAUUCUUCAAUUUCGGCAAGUUCAAAGUUCCCAAGUCUGUAGCACCUGUCCCUAAACGUGUGGUGCGGAAUAUCGAACAGUUCCAGAGUAACUAUCUGUUUGUGUUUGGUGGUCUUAUUGUUUUCUGCAUUUUAACCUCCCCUCUGCUGUUAGUGGCUAUAGCAGCCUGUCUUGGAGCUUGCUACAUCAUAAGUCUGAAAAACCAGGAAAGGAAAGUCAGAAUAUUAGGACGAGAGUUAAGUUUAGCACAACAAUACGCUGCUGUUGGAUUGUGUUCAUUUCCUCUUUUCUCAUUGGCUGGAGCAGGGUCAGCUGUCUUCUGGGUCAUAGGCGCCUCUUUCUUUGUUAUCAUGCUCCAUGCUUCAAUGUAUAUAACUGCUGAAGAGGCAGAAAUGAUAGAAUUGGAAAUGGAGGAAGUUUAGACAUAUCAACUUAUUCUGUGAUAAUACAUGUAUUUUUUCUCCAUCUGUGGCGUUGUAUUUAUAUCUGGGAUUUUUAAGACAUUGGAAUUUGCCAUUUUCCGUAUUUCAUCACCACUAACUAUAUUUACAAAAGUGAGGAACUAUUUUUACAACAUCCGUGUGUUUUAACUCAUGAUACAAUCCAUGUCAUACAAAUGACAAUCCUUGUGCUUGACAAAUAUUUUAAUAUUACUGUAAUGUUUCUUUUUAUCAUGAGCCGAUGUUUCAUAUAAGAUUGUUUUUAUUGAAGUUUUGUCAGUUGUGUUAACAGUUCUUGAUUUUUCACUCGUAUGUAUAGAUUACAUUAUCUUCAGCCCCUCAGAAGCACUGUGACUGAAAUUGGCCAGUUUGUGCUUCAUACACUGUUAAGCCACAAAGUGGUUUAUAAGAAGUGCAAACUUACUUUGAGUAGAAAUUACUUUGUUCCUUAUUAUAUGUAUUAAUUUUUUUUUUUUUUUAAGUCAUUCAAUGCAAUUUGAGGAGUAUAAUUAUAAUUUCAUUUUAUAUGUUGUGAAGCAAUUUUACCAUAGCAACAAAAUGGAAUCAGAGGAGGUGAACACAUUGUGACAUCAUUCCCAGGGUGCAUCUGGCACAACCCAAACACACUAUGACAUCAUUCCCAGGAUGUAUCUAGCACAACCCAGUUUACACAAUAUAGAAAAUGUUCUUUAAUGAUCCAAUCAAAUAAUUAUUGCAUUAUCUAUUGUUUGUGUAAAAAUUGUAUGUUCAUUUUUUACACUGGAGCACAGAUUAUAACUUCGAUAAAAAUUUAGGAAUUUAGUUCCCGUACAAUCAUUUUAAUUAACGUUAUAUUACUGAUUUUGAAUUGCGAAAAUAAAGCCUGAUGUAAAGAUAAUUUCCCCUGUCCUGUACAUAUUUAUAUUAUAUCUCUUAUAUGAGCAUUCUUUUCUUUUUGAAAAAUUAAGUUUGAAUAGCAUAAAGUGAUUUUGUAAAAUAUAAUUAUGUGCCAUUUAGCUAUGAAUAAUGAGAUUGUAUUUAUAUUAAUUCAUCAAGAUGUACUUGUAAUUCAUGUUCAGGAAUCUCAUAAAUUGUAUCAAGAAGCUGUAUUUUGUUUUAUAGAAACAACAUGUUUAUUAAUAUAAUUAUGUAAAUGCAGAUAUUGUUGGAAAUAUGAUGACAUUUGAAUAUAAUAUGGUGCAAUGUUACUAUUUGUAUGUAGUGGUUCAUUGAUUUAGUAAGCUUCAUUGGUAUGAUUUACAGUCAUUUAAAGCUAAUGAUCACAAAGAUGACAUUAAAUUCAUAGCAGUGAUUGCUUCUGGAAUAAACAUCUGUUGUCUAGAUA